CAGCGUCCCAGCGAAUCGCGGUCACAUGAGCCUGCCGCGGCAAUACCGGACUGGGCGGAGGCCCCUCGCCCGCACAGAUCUCUGCCUGACGAUGUCUUCCAUUAAGAUUGAGUGUGUUUUGCGGGAGAACUGCCGGUGUGGUGAGUCUCCAGUGUGGGAAGAAGUGUCCAACGGUCUGCUCUUCGUAGAUAUUCCUGCCAGAAAGGUGUGCCGGUGGGAUUCGCUUACCAAGCAAGUGCAGCGAGUGACCGUGGAUGCCCCAGUCAGCUCUGUGGCCCUUCGCCAGUCGGGUGGCUAUGUUGCCACAGUUGGAACAAAGUUCUGUGCUUUGAACUGGGAAGAUAAGUCAGCAGUUGUUCUGGCCACAGUGGAUAAAGAUAAGAAGAACAAUCGGUUCAGUGAUGGGAAGGUGGAUCCCUCUGGGAGAUAUUUUGCCGUGAACCGCAGAAGUGUUUACAAGCUGGAGAAAGAAGAACAAAUCCCAGAUGGAAUGUGUAUUGACACUGAGGGGAAGCCCUGGGUGGCCUGUUACAAUGGAGGAAGAGUGAUUCGUUUAGAUCCUGAAACAGGGAAAAGACUCCAAACUGUGAAGUUGCCUGUUGAUAAAACAACUUCAUGCUGCUUCGGAGGGAAGGAUUACUCUGAAAUGUAUGUGACCUGUGCGCGGGACGGAAUUGAUCCUGAGGGUCUCUUGAGGCAGCCUGAAGCUGGUGGAAUUUUCAAGAUAACUGGCCUGGGGGUCAAAGGAAUUCCCCCCUAUCCCUAUGCAGGAUAACUAACAGGCCUUCUUGCUUGCUGGAGGAACUUUUGAAGACAACUAGAGUUCUGGGGUUGAAAUGUCAAUCUAGUUAGAAAAAUGAAGCAAUGAUAUUAUCAACAGGCUUACAUUUUAAUUUACAAUUUUUUAAAGAUAGAGCAUUUUUAACAAGGGGUGACAGGUGGUUCUGUUAAGAUACUAUAAGGCCUUCUGCAAAAGGUGCUAUAGAAAUGCGAAGAAAUGUUUAACUGUCAGCUAGCCUCUUGACUCUACAAAUUGCUUGGGGGAAAGGGACCAGAUCUGUUCUUUAUUCUGCAUUCCAUAAUUACUAUACCUAAAACUUUAAAAAAAUGAAUAAAUAGUAACCUGGUAAUAAUUUAGUACUAUUAUAUUCCCCUUUAUUUUCAUCCUAGUCUAGUAAAAUAUACUGUGAUGUUAAUUCACUUUGAUAUUACUCUUCCUAUAUGUUAUUUUACAAAUUAAAAUACUGCUGAAGGUUAAGAAUUAAGCACUGGCAAAAUCCAUUGUUCCAGCUGCCUCCUAUUAGAUAUAAAAACAGUAUAUCACUUUGGAAAUAAUACUUUUUUAAGAAAAGCUUUAUUGAGGUGUGAUUGACCUGCACAUAUUUAAAGUGUGCAGUUGGAUGGCUGACAUACAUACACAUUCAUGAAACCCAACAGCACAAUCAAGAUACUGAAUAGAUUCAUUAAACUUUCUUUGUGUUGCUUUGUAAUCCUUUUCUUCUGCCCCUCUGCACCACCACCCCCAUCCCUAGGAAACCACUGGUAUGUUUUCUGUCACUAUAAAUUACAUUGCAUUUUCUAAAAUUUUAUAUAAAUAGAAUCACAGUAUGCACUUUUUGUCUAGCUUCCUUCACUUGAUAUAAUUAUUUUGAGAUUCAUCUAUGUUACUGCAUUUAUCAAUAGUUCAUUCCUUCUUAUUGCAAAAUAGUGUUCCACUGUAUGGCUAUAUUCCAAUUUGUUUAUACAUUGACAUAUUGAUGGACUUUUGAACCAUUUACAGUUUUUUGCUAUUACAAAUAAAGCUGCUAUGAACAUU